CAGCACACCUUUCAUAAAUAUUAUCGGGGGUUUCCUUUCACAAACAGCUACAACUCACCCCGUUUUCCCCUAAGUGGUUGAGACGCUACUAAAAGGCUGCACGCUAUCGUCCUGAGUAGUAAGCUAUGUCAGAGUAGCACGCCAUGUCUAGUACACACCAUUUAGCAAGUCAGUAUGCGGUAGUGGACGUGGCUUGUGUCUAUGAGCAGGGAAGCGUUUUUUCCCUCGCUUCAUACUGCACCACUAGAACCUAUACUGCCCACUGCACAAUAUGUUGGCCAUGGUGUAGUAUGAAUGGCUUGCUUUCCAUGUGGAUGUCGAUUCCAGGCUGAGAAGCUGAAAGCACACACACACUGACGCACACACACUGACACACACACAUACUGAUGCGCGCAGACACACAGACACACACACACUGACACACUGACACACACACACACACACACACACACAGCCCACCUGCUCAUCACACACCCAGAGCUGAUGAAGCGAUAACAUCAACACAGCAGUGUACAGAACAUGGGCUUUUCUGAAGGGGAUUUCCAGGACUUGUUAAAAACAUGUGACCCACUUCUUCCUAGUCGAUUAACCGAGAUUUCCUCUGGAUACUUCAUAUCGAGUAACAGCAUCUUGGGGAAAGUGGGCAUCCUGCGGAUUAAUCUCUAGCAUCAGCCACCCUCAGCAUGACAGGAAACACAACACUGCUUUCCAGCCCCACAAAUGUCUUGGACAACUCUUCUGUGUGGAAUGUCUCUGUUCCACCACCCCUGCCUGACUGGGAGACCCCGACCUUCACCACAGCUGCUCGGUUCCGUGUUGUGGCCACCCUGGUACUCUUUGUAUUUGCAGCGGCCAGUAACCUGUCUGUGCUGCUCAGUGUGACGCGGGGUCGAGGCAGGCGCUUGGCCUCACACUUGCGCCCACUCAUCGCAAGCCUGGCCUCGGCAGACCUCGUCAUGACUUUUGUGGUGAUGCCACUGGAUGCAGUGUGGAAUGUGACGGUGCAGUGGUAUGCUGGGGAUGCCAUGUGUAAGCUCAUGUGCUUCCUGAAGCUGUUUGCCAUGCACUCGGCUGCGUUCAUCCUAGUGGUGGUGAGCCUGGACCGACACCACGCCAUCUUGCACCCACUGGACACACUGGACGCAGGACGCAGGAAUAGGAGGAUGCUGUUGACUGCAUGGAUACUCAGCCUACUCCUUGCUUCCCCACAGUUGUUCAUUUUCCGGGCAAUUAAGGCCAAGGGAGUUGACUUUGUCCAGUGUGCUACACAUGGAAGCUUCCAGCACCACUGGCAGGAGACGGCAUAUAACAUGUUCCACUUUGUCACACUGUAUGUGUUUCCUCUGCUUGUCAUGAGCUUGUGCUAUACACGUAUCCUGGUUGAAAUCAACCGCCAGAUGCAUAGAAGCAAGGACAAAGCAGGAGAGCCUUGUCUGAGACGCAGUGGAACGGAUAUGAUCCCCAAAGCCCGCAUGAAGACCUUAAAAAUGACCAUUAUUAUUGUUGCCUCUUUUGUCAUUUGCUGGACACCGUAUUACCUCCUUGGAAUCUGGUACUGGUUCCAGCCACAGAUGCUGCAAGUAAUCCCUGAUUAUGUUCAUCAUGUCUUCUUUGUUUUUGGAAACCUCAACACAUGCUGCGAUCCAGUCAUAUAUGGUUUCUUUACACCAUCAUUCCGUGCCGACUUGUCCAGAUCUUUCUUUUGGAGGAACCAAAAUGCUUCAGCCAAAUCUCUGGCGCAGUUCUCUGGCCAUAGGAGAGAAGUCAGUGGGGAAGCAGAGUCAGACUUGGGCAGUGGUGACCAACCCAGUGGACAACAAGCACAAAUGAUUUGAACUCAGUAAUGUGCUAAGAGUAUGUGUGAUUGUGGAAAGAUGAAAUGUGCUGAUUAAAUGUGGUAUUAAUCAUGUUUUUACGUCUGUCUUAUCUGCCAGUCUGUAGAUGUUCCAUGUGCUCUAGAAUUCUCUAAUCAUGAAACAACAUGAGUGUAUUACUCUGAUGUCGAAAUACAGUCCAACCCUGAAAUACCCAAGUAGUAACUGUAACUGAAUCUCUAUACAGGCCAGUUUAUACAGUCCCCUCUGAAAGUAUUGGAUCAACAAGGCCAAUUCUACUGUUUUCAAUGACCCAAAACACACUGCCAACACAACAAAGGACUUCAUCAGGGGGAAAAUGUGGAAAGUUUUAGACUGGCCAAGUCAAUCACCAGACCUUAAAACAGUUGAGCAGCAUUUCACCAGUUUGGUGAUGUCCGUGGGUCACCGAUGCAGUUACUGCAAGCAAGCAAUAUGUAAACAAAUAUUAAGUGUUAUUUACUUUAAUUUACUUUAAGAGUACCUGUUCCUAUACUUUUGCUCACCUAAAAAUUGCGUGGUCUGCCACCAAAUGUGCCAUAUUUUAAGUUUUUAACACAUCUCGAUGUAAAUAUCAGGAAAUGAAAGCCUAUUCAUCUUUUGAUCUCAAAAUCCAAAUGUCUUCAAUGUAUAGCGAAAACAAUAGAAUUGGCCUUGCUGUUCCAAUACUUUCGGACGGGACUGCAUGUAAUCAGACACUGACACAAAUUAGGUUGUCUUGAAUCUGUAAUCAGUAACACUGGGUUUGACAUGAAUCACUGGCAUGUUAAUUUGCAAACUGUCACCAUUAAUUAUAUGUACACGCAUACCGGUUGUGCUUGGUAGGAGCUCUAGCUCUUACAUACACAGUACAUCUGUUUAGAGGAUGCUAUUAAAGGACAGUUGAUUUCCACAACCAGCUACAAUUGAGUGCAACAUUAACUUAUGUUUGGUAGGCUGAAGCAAGAAUGCAAACAACCUGGUAAAUUAUGAAAGAACACAGUAGGGGAUGACCAAAGAACAGCUUUGAUUGUGAUGAAAAAGUGUUCAACAACACUCUCAAGGAUAUACAGUAGCAAUAUAUCUUUCACAGAUUACUACAAAAGGAUGAAUACAUGAACAUGCAUAUUUAUAUUAUUUAUAUUAUUGGGUGUGUGAAUGUGUGUGAUUGUGCCCUGUGAUGGAUUGGCACUCCAUCCAGGGUGUCCCCCGCCUUGUGCCACAUGCCCCCUUGGAUAGGCUCCAGGUUCCCCGUGACCCAGUAAGGAUAAGCGGUACAGAAAAUGCAUGGAUGGAUGGAUGGGAU